CACGCCCACUAACACGAAGUUUUUGGGAAAUCCCCGUACUCAGCGUGGUGCGGCGUUGGAGCUUUUGUAGUGGAACAAUAACACUGCAAAAACAGACCCCAAGCAACAUUGCAAGUGUUUGGAGCUAGGAGUGUGCAUGCAGACGCUCAGCGUGGAGUAAAGUGUAAAGUGUCUUGCAGAAAAACGGGAGGCAAGUCUCCUCUGCCCCCCCGUGGUCAUCCGUGCUAGCAAAGCCUUGUGUCUGUGGGGAGAAAGAGGAGGUAGAAUGAAUCAAGACGAGAUGACCGAGUUGCCCAUGAGCCAAGGGACCUUUGAUGAGAUCUGGGCCUCAAACUUUGUGAACAACCUGGACAAAACCAUCCUCGAUGAUUUGCCUCCUGCCUUUUCCAAUCCAUCCAUCCAUACCUUGAUGGAUCUGGGCCCAAGUGGCGUAGAGGGCUUUGUGGGGCUGGAGCUCCCGCUGGACGGGUCUGCCCCCACCCCCUCCAGCUCCCCAGGGAUGGACUGUCUGCCCCCUACUGCCACCACCGUGCCCUCCCCCACGGACUACCCCGGCGAGCUGGGUUUCUGUGUCCGCUUCACCCAGUUCAGCACCGCCAAGUCCGCCACCUCUACAUUCUCGCAGAAGCUGAAUAAGCUCUUCUGCCAGCUGGCUAAGACAUGCCCAGUGGAGGUGCUGGUGGAUCACGAGCCCCCGAUGGGGGCCAUCCUGCGGGCCACUGCCAUCUACAAGAAAUCUGACCACGUGGCCGACGUGGUGCUGCGCUGCCCACACCACCAGAACAUCGCAGAGAACAACGAAGGUGUGGCCUACCGCAGUCACCUGAUCCGCAUCGAGGGCACUCAGAGGGCGCAGUAUCUGGAGGACUGCGUCACCAGGCGACAGAGUGUCAUGGUGCCCUACGAACGCCCCCAGCUGGGCUCAGAGGCGACCACUAUACUACUUAAUUAUAUGUGCAAUAGCAGUUGCAUGGGGGGAAUGAACCGGCGGCCCAUCCUCACCAUCCUGACCCUGGAGACCCAGGAGGGUCGGGUCCUGGGCCGCCGGUGCUUUGAGGUGCGUGUGUGUGCCUGCCCCGGGCGCGAUCGCAAAUCGGAGGAGGAAAGCAACGGAAAGAAGAAUGGAGAGAAGAUUCUGUCGGGAACAAAAAGAAAAGUGCAAACGUCUGAACAGGAGAGGGAGGGGCAGGCCCUGCCCAAAGCUGGCUCCAGCAAGAAGCCCAAGACUGAAACCAGCCCUGAUGAGAUCUUCACUCUUCAAAUUCGCGGGCGGAAGCGCUUUGAAAUGUUGAAGAGCAUCAAUGACAGUUUGGAGCUCAAUGAAAUAGUUCCGCAGGCGGACCAGGAGAAGUACAGGCAGAGAGGUGCACUCAAAGCCAAACAGGGAGACCCAGCGGUCGCCCCAAAAAGCGGGAAGCGGCUGCUCCUCAAGGAAGAGAAGAGCGACUCUGACUGAGAAACCGACCACCAAACACACACAUACUCGCGCGCUGUCUCUCUCUCUCUCUCUCUCUCUCUCUCUCUCUCUCUCUCUCUCUCUCUCUCUCUCUCUCUCUGUCUUUCUCUGUUUCUGUCUGUCUGUCUGUCUCUCGCUCUUUCUCUCACACACAGUCUUCCCUGCCAGCCUUUCACUUGAAAACACCAAUGUGACUAAAGGCAUUAUAUCCACUAGCGGGGCUUGAUGUACGUGUUAAACAUGAGCCCAUUUCCGCAUGCACAUUCCCAUUCCUAUCGGUGCUGUUGAUUGGUAGGUUUGGUUAUUAAUAAAUGCCAGUAGGAAUACCCCCCCCCCCCCCCCCCCGGGCCCUGUACUUUAUCACUGGGUACUGUGAAGUGCUGGGUUUCUAAUGGAAUGGACUUCAUUUCUAUCGGUUAUGCGAGCUGUAAGCAUUGACCUAGAAAAGAAAAUUCCAUAGCACUUUUUGUUCAAUAGCUAGUUGACCAACUCUUGAUGAGUUUCUUUGAAGGGGUAUAACAUCAGACCAAACAUCAGACCAUCAGAACAUCAUGUAGUUGGGUUUAGGUUGUACACUCUAACAUUUUUAUAUAUUUGAUAAUCAUAGUUUAGAGGUUCAAGAUGGACUUAAAUGUAUUUUUUAAUGUCUUUUUUUUGUGUUUUGUACUGAAAUCUUUUUUUGCCAUAUUUUCUCAGGCUUAUUUUUGUUAAAAAAUGUCUUGUUUCUUUUGCAUGUAUACCCACAUCCACACACAUAUAUUUACAUACAUUUGAACAUCAACCUGUUUUUCCACUGCCGUCGUUUCCAAGCUGACCUUGUUAAUUUGUUUAUCAGUUACAUAAAAGGUGUUCCUUUAAUCAGUUUUGUGUUCGAUACAAACAAUUAAGAAAUAAUGGAGAUGACUCCAAACAAAUAAACAUUCCUAAAAAGAA